AUGGUCUUAAGCCAUCGCGCUCUCUACAUUUCCGAGAUUCUUUUAGAAAUCUCAUACCAGCUAGAGGAUGAUAGGAAGUCUCUUUCACGUCUUGCACGUUGUUGCAAGGCAUUCUCAGACCCAGCUCUGGAUGUUCUGUGGAGGCGGAUGAGCCUUUUCUCUCCCUUUAUUCCCCUUUUGCCCCCAGAGGUGUUGACACUUUGGGUGCGCAUUAUUCUUGGGCAGGUGGAAUACCAAUUCAGCGCAGAGUGUAUCAGGGGCUUUCAAUGUCCCCCUAUGCACGAGUGGAAAGCAUUUGACGCCUAUGCUAGGCGCGUGCGGAUUUUGUACAGUGGCGCCUCGCACUUCCUCGCAGGUGUGGCUACUAUCCGAGCAGACUUCAACGUCUUCCCCUUCCUUCGAUCCAUGUCGAUGCAGCUUCAGGAACCUAUACAGCCCGAGAUCCGGUUGUUUCCCGAAACGCUGCAAACAUUGGAAAUUUCGGGCCCCGCUUACAUCAACUGUAAGGAUUCCUGUAUUCAAACUGCUCUUGCACACGCUGCGCGCGAUGCACCCUCCCUGAAACAUUUACAUGUCGAGGACUACAGCUACAACAGUGACCGCUUGGACACACCACCCCUACAUUUCAAACACCUGCAAAGCGUCGAGAUAUCCGCAUUCAUCAGCUCUAACGUCCUUAGAUCAUUAUGCUGUGUACUUUCGCACUCACCCGUGAUCGAGCUCAAGAUAGAGCUUCCUCCUACUAGCUGUAUAUGGGAUACCCCACAAUCCCUCUUCCCAUAUCUGGAGAGGGUGGAGAUACACGGCACCCCUGCGCUCGCGGAGGCUUUCAUCACGAAUAUUUCUAGUUCGUGUGUUCGCUCGCUGACUGUUAGGCACAGUCGUGGGCCCGCACGAUUGGCAGACUGCAGUUUGUUAUUCUCUACCAUCGUGAACAAGUGCGGCUCAUCACUGCAGUCGCUAUCUCUCACAAUCAGUCGCUCGCCAGUUCUUCAUAACCAUGAUGGCAUGGCGCAUGAUAUUAUGGAUGCACUGUUCCCUUUGAUGCCGAAUUUCGAGCACUUGGAGGAACUUCAUUUGUCGUUGCCUAGUGCAACUCAGGUUGAUGACUAUCCUGCUGUUGAAGCGUCUGGUUGGCCAGCUCUGAGACGGGUUGAGUUUAUGGCCACAUGA